CUGGGUUGGUUUUUUUUGGCAUUCGCUGCUCGUGGCGCGCGCGCGGAGGGGGGCAGGCUGGCUGGUCGCUGCGCAUGCACGUGGAGGUCAGCUGUAGCCAGCCGGCCACCCGCACCCACGCACCCCGCCAUCUUGGCCUCCGCCCGUCCUCUGCCGCCUCUCGGGUGCCCUGGAUGGUUACCAUGGAGAACGAGCAGCUGCCAGCCCCCCCUCCGACCAGCAGCGCCACGGCAGCCACGGCCACCAGCAAUGGACGCCAGGCAGGGCCACAAAUCUCUGUGUAUGGAGGGAUCCCCGAUCGCCAGGCCGUCCAGGUGAUCCAGCAGGCUUUGCACCGCCAGCCCAACACAGCCGCACAAUACCUGCAGCAGAUGUAUGCCGCCCAGCAGCAGCACCUCAUGCUUCAGACGGCAGCCCUGCAGCAGCAGCACCUCAGCAGCACCCAGCUCCAGAGCUUGGCUGCCGUCCAGCAGGCAAGUCUGGCAGCCAACAGGCAGAAUACCUCGUCCAGCAACAAUGGGCCCACGCAGACCCCGCCUCAGCAGUCCACGAUAAACCUGGCGACAUCCCCUGCGGCUGCCCAGCUGAUCAACCGGGCCCAGGGCGUGAACUCGGCAGCCGCCUCUGGCAUAGCCCAGCAAGCCGUACUCCUGGGCAACGCCAGCAGCCCCACCCUGACCGCCAGCCAGGCCCAGAUGUACCUGCGGGCUCAGAUGCUCAUCUUCACGCCCACGGCCACGGUUGCUGCGGUGCAGCCUGAGGGGGCCACCACCACCCAGCCACCCACCACCACAGCUCAGGUACAAAACUCAUCUCUCCGCACCCAGCAGGCAGCCGCUCAGGGGCUGGCUCCCUCCCUGAGCCAGCAGCUCCCCACAUUGGCCAUGAAGCCCACCCCGAGCAACAGCAGCCACUCCACCUCCUCUCCGGCAUCUCAGGGCAAGGCGGCUGGGCAGGCUCCCGGCGGCAAGGCGGGCGUCUCCGAACACGCCCCGGAGCAUCUUAGGAAAGGAGAGGGGGGUGGCGGAGGUGGCAGCAGCAGCAGCGGGGGAGCUGGGAAUCUGGACGGGCGGGGCGGCUCCACAAACCGGACGGUGACCUCCUCCACGACUCACCCGCUGAUUGCCCCAGCGUAUUCCCAGCUACAGACCCACCAGCUGUUGCAACAGCAGAAGCCAAUCCAGCACCAAUUUGUGAUCCAGCAGCAACAUCCGCAUCAACCCCUCCAGCCCAGGCCUCCGCAGCUGCAGGUCCCCCCUCCGCCGACCCCCAGCCUCGGGGCGCCCCCCAGCCUGCAAGCCCAAGGGCCCUUGCAGAACCAGCCCCCCGCUACCGGCCUGCCAGCCUGCCAGGCCCCCAGCCAGCACAAGCCCGCUGCCAGUCAGCCCUUGCAGCAGCACACCCCACAUCCCCCUGGACCCCCAGCACUGGGGGCCCAGAGGCUGGAAAGUGGCUCCCCAGCCAGACCCGCCGGCUGCCCUAACCAUUCUGGCCAGCGCAAGUUCCAGCAUGCCUCGGCCGUCAUCCUGCAACUGCAGCCAGCUGUUGGGACGCCGCCACUCAGCAACCAGGAGAAUUCCAGGAAAGACCCGUUUCCUGCAGAGAAGCCCCCGGCAGAGUCACGGGUUGCCCAGCCCCUACUCCCACCCCAGGGCGCCUUGACGACGCCACCCCUGGCGGCCCCUCCUGAGCAGCAGGCCUCUGAGGGCACUGGGACCACCCCGUCUCACGAGGCCGGCCGGGACAGCCUCCGCCGCACGCCUCCGGACGCCCCCGGCAGCCCCGGCAUGACAUCGGGGAACAACGGCAGCUCUGCCUCCACCGUCGCCGGCACCCCCCAGAACGGUGAGAACAAGCCGCCCCAAGCCAUCGUGAAGCCACAGAUCCUGACCCACGUCAUCGAGGGGUUUGUGAUCCAGGAGGGGGCCGAGCCGUUCCCGCUGUCAGUCCAGCGUCCGCCCUCCCCUCGUCCUGCGGGGCCAAGGCCACCCGGGUCUCCCUGGAAGAAGAGAGGGGGGAGGGGGCUGCCUUCCAAGCUGCCUUUCGUCGACUCCCUUGUCGAAGCACCUCCCUCGCCCAUCUCUCCUUCGCUGGAGGUGGGGCGCUCUUCGCUGCUGGUGGGGAGCCUCAAGCAAAAGUAUGCCCAGGACCUCCUGGCCGAGAAACCCCAGCACCAGGACACCAACACAACCACAACCACCGACUCUGAAAUGGAGGACCCCUAUCUACAAGAAUCCAAAGAUGACGGGUCACCCCCGAAGCUGAAGUGCGAGCUCUGCGGCCGCCUUGACUUUGCCUACAAGUUCAAGCGGUCCAAGCGGUUCUGCUCCAUGGCCUGCGCAAAGAGGUACAACGUGGGUUGCACAAAGCGUGUGGGGCUCUUCCACCCAGACCGCAGCAAGCUUCAGAAGCCCAACACUCCUUCACACGGCCGGCGUCGGACCUGCAAGGGCUCCCUUCCCCCUCUCAGCAAAGAGAACAAGAAACAGGCACCGGUAUCGCUGCCCCCUGGCUCGGGGCCCAUUUCCGUCUCCGGGUCUCUGCAGCUGGCUCACGCGCAGGAGGACUCCAGCCGCUGCUCGGACAACUCCAGCUACGAAGAGCCCCUCUCGCCCCUCUCAGCCAGCUCCUCCGCCUCCCGCCGGCGCCAGGGCGAGCGCGACAUGGAGCUGCCCGAUGUGCACGUCCGAGACCUGGUGGCCAUUGGGCACCACUUCCUGCCCAGCGAGCCCACCAAGUGGAACGUGGAGGACGUCUACGAGUUCAUUCGGUCCUUGCCUGGUUGCCAGGAGAUUGCGGAGGAGUUCCGGGCACAAGAGAUCGACGGCCAGGCCCUGCUGCUCCUGAAGGAGGACCACCUCAUGAGCGCCAUGAACAUCAAACUGGGCCCAGCUCUCAAAAUCUACGCCCGCAUCUGUAUGCUGAAAGACUCCUAGAGGCCUUUAGGCCGGGGCGGGUGGUAGGCCCUGCUGGCAGACGGAUGCUUUCUUUCUCGGAGGCUGGGAGGGGCUGGGAACAAAAUGGACUCCGCUUUCUUCGGCCUCCCAUCCUUCACAAUGCAACUCGAGCACAGAGGCAACACCCCCAGCUUCCCUCGGCGACGGGAGGGGCGCGGAGAGACCCCAAUUUUUUUGGGGGGGUGUCCAUAGGUUAAAGCCGUUGCGGGGCUGUACAUAAAUAUGUAGCAUUAGCUUUCCCCCUGCAGCAAUGGAGAGAGUCGUGCAACCUUGUUUUUUAGUGGUGGGGGCAAGGACCCCCUUCCUCGCCCUGGAAGCUGCUUCUCCUGCGUCCCAGAGACCCCCCCCCCCGGGAUCGGACACACCUACUUGAAACCUCAAAGCCAAACAGGACCAUUGCCUUAAAUUUUUUUGUAGGUGUGUGUGUGUGUGCGUGUGUGGUGCCGGGUAGUGCCCUCUCUGUUUCCUCCUCCCUCCCUGCACCCUUUCUUCUGCUAUAUCUCUUCCAAGGCACAGUGGGGGAAGCAGCUGCCCUAAUAGAUCUCCAGUUCCCGUGGGGGAAUCAUUCAGGAGCAGAAGGGAUCUCCGUCCAGUCUCGCGGGGGUGUAUCGCUCCCCUCUCACUAUUUUGCUUUGGUUUUUUAAAACUUUUUUUUAAAAAAAGGGGAGGAGUAAGUAGCCAACUGCAAGUCGUGCGAACUGGCUGACUGAUGUCCAGGACUACUGGGGAGGCCUCUAUUCUGAUUUGGGACCAGGUCUGCAGCUGCCUUAAAAAUUUAAAUAAAAGGCCCUUUUGUCCCCUGCCACAAGCACCUCACACACACACACACACCCGUUCUCCCCCUCCCAUAAUAUCAAGGCAGGGCAGGAAGAGCCGGCUCUCUCCCUGGAAGAUGGGGCUGGCCUCAGGAUUGUCGAGAGUGGGUGGGCGGGCUUUUUCCUCGGGUGAUCAGGAACUGCAGGGAGUGGGAUUGCAGCUGAGCUGCAUCCCCCCUGCCCCUUUUUAUCGGUUUGUGUGUGGUGGUGCCCCCCCCCCUUCGUGCAGGCCACUCGCCACAGCCUCUUGGGCUGCAAGCAAAAGGACUUUCUACUUUUGGCCUCUCCCUCCUGUUUUUAAUAAACGCCUUUUGGAAUUAAAAAAAAAAAGACGCCAUGUAUUUACAAGGCUUUGUUGCUAUGGGGCUGAGUGGUUGGGGGCAGGUCCCGGGACAAUUUCGCUCCCCGGGGCGGAGAACAUUCAGCUGGACUCUCCAGAUGAAUCAUAACGUCAAAACCAUGGAGAAAUAGGUUUUCUCACUCUCUCCCAAGAUGAGAACUCGCAAGGUGAAAGAAAGGUCGUCUUCAUGCAGCACAGAGUGAAACUGUGGAACUCGCUGCCACAGGAAGCGGUGACGGCCACCGGCUUGGAUGCCUUCAAGAGAGGAUUGGAAAAAAUUCAGAGGCAGCUGUGCUUCUGAAUAGCUGUUGCUGGAAGCCAGGGAAGGGGAGAGGGCUCCUGUUCAAGAUCCUGCUUGCAGGUUUGCCACAGGGAUGUGGUUGCCUGCUGUUGAGAGGAUGCUGGCCUGAUCCAGCUGGAUUUGCCUUGUGUUGGCAAGACAGCAUCCUCCUCCUCCUCAGGGCAGCAGUCUCUCUUAAGGGGCACUGGGGGAUGUUGUGCCUAACUCUGCCCUCCAGCGCCUGCUCCCUCGGGGUUGGGGAGUCUCAUUGGCUUAUAAUGCAAUUGGAAUGAGGUGGUUCCUAAACUUCGUAUUUAUCACAUUUUCAUCCCUUUCUCUCUCUCCCAAGAAGCUCAAGGUGAUGUACAUGUUUUUUCUGCCCUCACAAGAGGUAAGAGGCUGAGAGAUGGCGAGUGGCUCAAUGUCACCCGUGAGCUUCAUGGCAGAGCCAGGAAUCUGGUUACCAGGCAGAUGCAUGGCUGAAAUGAGUUCUUCCUAGAGCAGAAGUUUGGGGCUUGGUAUUCUGAUGUUUGCAAAAUGCAUCCCAUGCCCUCUCACUUCUCCAGAGUGACUUUCCUUCCAUCUGCCACCACCUCUGGUACAGAGAGGCUUUUCGUCAGUCGCUCAAGCGUAAUUUCUGUCACCUCAGAAUGCUGGGAAUUUAAGACUCUUGUUUCAGCAGUGGCUAGCAACCAGGAUGGCUACUUUUCCCACCUUCGGAGGCAGUUCCUGAUUCCCAGGAACUGCCU